UGUCUAUUUGUCUAUCUCUUCCUUCCACCACCAAAAUUUCCCUUUCACACUUCACAAAAAAGAAAUACUAAAUGAUUUGUCAGUAGUAGCAAACAUGUCCAGCAAGGGAAAGGAGGUAGCAGAAGGAUCAUCAACAACAACAAGACCCUCUCAUGGUGGUGAUGAUGAUCAUCAUCACAAUCAACAACAACAGUUACCACUGAGUCGAUAUGAGUCUCAGAAGAGAAGAGAUUGGAACACUUUUGGACAGUACCUGAGGAACCAAAGGCCUCCAGUGGCACUCUCACAGUGCAGCUCCAACCAUGUUCUUGAGUUCCUUCGCUACUUGGACCAGUUUGGGAAGACCAAAGUGCACUCACAAGGGUGUUUGUUCUUUGGGCAAACUGAGCCACCAGGACCCUGCACUUGCCCUCUCAGACAAGCUUGGGGGAGCCUUGAUGCUCUCAUUGGAAGGUUGAGAGCUGCAUAUGAAGAAAAUGGAGGCCUUCCUGAGACCAAUCCCUUUGCAAGUGGCGCCAUAAGAGUCUAUCUUAGAGAGGUGAGAGAUUCUCAAUCUAAGGCUAGAGGAAUCCCUUAUAAGAAGAAAAAGAAGAAGAGGAAUGUUAUCAAGCCCAACGGAGACACCUCCUACUCAAACUUGCCUAUGCAGUAAUAAUGAAGUAUUCAUGUGUAGAGGGAUAUUGGGUAAAUGCACUCUCAUCCAUUGUCUACCUGUCAUUCUCACAAGUCGCAUGCAAGAAGACAAUGUUAUCAUGGUUUCUACAUUUCGUAUUUAUGUCUUUUGUGCCUAUAUAAUAUAAUAUAAUAUAUAUUUUGCCUAUAUAUAGUUUGCUUUUCCGCACAAUAUCUUGCUUCUUAUUUAGUGUUAUUGGUACUCCCUUGCUGUGGCUUCCACAAACGAUGUAACCACUGCAAUGAUAUAAAAUUUGAGAAUUUAAAAUUAGAGUUAUGAAUAGAUUAUGUUGUUAACUAUAUUAUAAAAAAUAUCGGGGGGGAAAAGGUUCAAGAUCCAUGGUUGUGGGAAAAUUAGAUGCUGUUUCUAGAGUCUUGUCUGCUCAUGGUUUCUUGGGGUUUAUAAAUUUCAUUGGUGUACAAUAGCUUGCUAGAACCAAAAAUGAUCUCUUGCUUUCAUAAAGUUUUGUCUUAUUCUAACGAAUUAUGUUUUUUUUUUUCACAUUUCCCAUCAUAUGAAUGUCCUUUUCUUUCGUGCUGUUAUU